AAGGACAGACGCGAAAGACUACCACUCAAACUGGCAGUAAAUUACCAGUGCGCAUGCGCGUGAAAGCAAAAAUAUGGCGGAGUCAUCAUUCAAGGGCAUCGCGGGGCAGUUCGUUACAUCGUACUAUCAGAUUUUCGACGCUGACAGAAGUCAACUAGGACAAUUCUAUCGGCUAGAUUCGAAGCUGUCGUUUGAAGGAGACGAACGACAAGGUGCAGCCAAUAUAUUGGAGAAACUAAUGUCGUUGCCGUUUCAAGUUGUUCAACACGUCGGCACAACUGUGGACGCUCAACUGUUGGACGGCUAUGGAUUGUUAAUAUUCGUUCUUGGACAGUUAAAGACUGAUGACGAUCCACCACACAUGUUCUCACAAACAUUCGUUCUGAAACAAUUCGGAGACUCACUGUUCAUAACAAACGAAAUUUUUCGGCUCGGACUGCAUCACCAGUAAACUUAGUUGUUGUUAAUGUUGAGUGGUGAGAAGGAACUGACUCAUUCAUUCUCAGACCUUAGGCUGUUUCUUGCAUGGUUAGUGCAUUGAUCUGUGUCCUUACGUAUUCUUUGAACAUUUCAAAAUAGUUUUGGCAUCUAGCAAAGUACUCAUAAAAAUGCAGACAAAAUCAAUACUAGCACAAU